GGACUUUCGGCUAGAGACUACGAGAAUGUCAGUAUUCGCUCGAGUGACUAGUAGUCCAGUAGACGCUUUACUCCUGUUCGGUACUCAUUCUAUAGAUAGAAAGAAAGGAAGGGAGAAGGAAUUAAGUAGGAUACGAUCGUAGGAGAAGGAAAAAGAAAAGCAAAGUUGCGAUCACGUGGCGUGACGGUUAUUUUCGAAUUAAAUUUUUUAAUUCACAUCCAUUUUCUUUACAUUUAUUUUUUUAUUCAACAUCGUCCUAACCCACCGAGCAUACUGUAUCCUGUAUACUGUCUUGCCAGUGAAUGUCAGUUUGCCGAGGCCUUUGUCCCGCUUCUGUGAAACUCUGAAAGUUUUAAGACACCUGGAGAUCAACUCCAGGAAAUGUAAUCAACUACUCAUGUGAAAUCUAUGCGAAUCGUUGAACAGUGAAACAUGAAGGAAAUGUUCACUUGGUUUAUUGUCGUGUCGGCUUCGCUACUGUUCUCCGUGUCAGCACAGGAGAGCAUUCACACUGCGAAACUUAAGCUGUGCGUGGUUGCCGAUAGUCGGACUGCGAAGAGGAUUCAUAGGACAUGUCCGAAACUUGUUACCCCUGGAAGUCAGGUAGUUUGUGUUAUAGCAAAUGAUAGAUCCGAAUGUUUGACACAGUUAACAACUGCUAGUAGCGAUUUCACGGUUUUGGAACCAGAAGAUUUGGUUGCGGCUAGUGGUUAUACCGAAUACAAUAUUCUAGUCACGAAUGAACUCAGACUGUUUAAAACAGAGAAUCAACGUUACGAGAUUGUCGCUCUGGUGAAUAAGAAUGUCGGAAGUCUGUUCGAUCUACGAGGAAAACGAUUUUGUCAUCCAGGAUACGAAACUUCGGAUGAUUGGACGCAAAUCUUCGCCACGUAUUUUGAAAAACGGGUCAUUCUCAAUGAAUGCGAUACUAAUAAGACGCUAGUAGAGAACCGGAUGCAUACGUUAUCCAAUUAUUUCGAAGCAGCCUGUAUAGCUGGUGCCUGGACACCGGACUCUGUUCUGGACACUCAACUGAAAUCAAAGUACAAGAACCUUUGUGCACUUUGUGAAAAUCCUGCUGGUUGCUACGCCGCUGACAAGUAUCAUGGUCGUGAGGGUGCUGUUUUGUGUUUGACUGACAGCAUGGGUGACGUUGCCUGGGUCAGAUUACAAGAUGCCCUUCAACAUUUUAAGUCCCUGGGGAUAAAAAAGCGUGAUUAUGCUUUUCUUUGUCCCGAUGGAACAGUCAAACCUAUGGAUUCGAAUAGUCCUUGUGUAUGGAUACGAAGACCAUGGCCAGUGGUUGCAUCUCGAGUUGAGGUCGCUGAGCGAGUUUCAAAUAUUAUGAGAUAUUUAGAUCAAGCCUCCGCGUCUUCUUGGCAGAAUGCGGUACUCCGACUUUUGGAAAGUUACCGUUCCACGCCUGUACCCACGGACACGUUACAAACGUCUGAAGAUUUUUUAUCCAGAUUUCCAGGAUUUAUGAGCGCUAACAAACGCACUGGUUGUCAGCCAUCGCGAAGAAUACAAUGGUGUGUUGCAUCGAAUCUUGAAGACCGGAAGUGCAGAUGGAUAAGACAAAUAUCUUUUGUUUACGGAAUCGAACAGCCGAUAUCCUGUUACCAGGUAACUAGUAGGAGAGACUGUCUUGAAGCAGUUAAAACUGGUCAGUCUGACAUCUUUGUUGCUAAACCGGAAGAGGAGCUGGAAUGCCGGAAAAAGGGACUCAAACCCAUCUUAUGGGUCACUACUAAUAAGCAGGAGGAUAUGAAUAAAAUUUUGGCAGUUGUGCGGGAAGAUUCAAAAUUUCGAAAACUUAAGGAUCUCAAAGGUGGCAAAGCUUGUUUCUCAGGAUACAGAAGUAUCGGCUGGAAUGCAUUCGUCUCGAUAAUGGGAAAUAAAUCUCUGAACGAUUGGGCGUGCUCGGAUGCUGAAGCUGUGAGCAAUUUUUUUAGCGAUAGCUGCGUUCCUGAUUUGAGCAAAGAUAACGAAACCAUGCCAGCCAAUUUGCAUUCUUUGUGUAAAUCAGACUCAAGGGUUGGUGACGAGGCGAGCACUUUUCAAUGUCUCACUUCCGGCGCGGGCGACGUCGCUUUUAUGAGUUCAAAAAUGUUCCAAAAACUCACGAGUAACUCAUCCAAGUACAACAAAAAGGGUUUCCGGUCUCUUUGUGAAGACGGCUCUCACUUUAAUGAAAAUUUCUGUUUCUUGACAUGGACCACUUUGGGCUCGGUAAUGGUGAAUGAAGAAAUUUCAAAUUUGAGAAGAGACGACAUUUAUUCCACUCUACUGGAAUUGGACCUAAUGUUUGGUCAAACCUUUAUACGAGCUUUUUCAAUGUAUGGUACAUAUGAUGGUAAUCGUAGCAUAAUAUUUCCGGAAGAAACGCAACAUCUGCAGCGUGACGUUAGUCACAUUGAAAAUGAAAAAAGUUACGGGGAUAUCGUGCAAAAUCUUAUGCAGGCACAGUGCAGUGGUACCAGUUAUUUAAAUAUUCAAUAUUAUAAUGCCAAAACGAUAAUGCUUUUACUAAUAACAUUUACUCUGAGUCAUUUAAUGAUCUAGUUAAUCAUUUUUUUGGUAUAAUUACUGUGAUAUUUCAGCAUGAAAAUCAUUGAGAUUUUGAUUGUUGUGUAAUAUAUAAGGUAUUUUAUGACUAUAUUAAAAAAAAAAAAAAAUGAACUUUUGUAAGAAACUAGAAACUCGUGUUAUUUCUUUUAUCGUAAGCAUGAUUUUAUUUCAACUGAUUUUUAUUUUAUAUAAUAGUAUCUAAAGUCUAACGGUGUAUUUAAAUGAAUGGAAUCGUAUUAUAUUUGAUGUUAACAAUAUUUAAAGGAUGUUCGCCAUAUUGACUUUGAUAAAGUAUCUUUGUAAACUCUU